UUGGAUUUCAAGGGCGUCUCCUCGUGCCUGGGGGCUUUGGGCUCGUCCCCCGCCCCCUCAGGAGACCCCAACGACCUCGCCAAUCACCAGCAGUUCAACAUCUUCCCAGCCAUCUUCAGCCGCCAACUCAACUUCAACGCCUGCACCCAGAGCAAAGCGAUGAUGGACGAGCUGAGACCGAACUUGGUGGGCGUGGGCAAUUUGCUGGGCGUGGGCGGGCUGCUCGAGGACCACCACAACCAUCUGGUCAACUCGGGCGGAGGCGGAGGCAAUUUGGACAAGAACCGGAAGUGCGGAGGCAGCACCAGUGGGUCCUCUGCUGAGGACUUUAGCGCUAUUUAUGGCGGGUUGCCAUCGCACGCCCAUGAUCAUCAUGGGCACACGCCUGCCCACACACCGCCCUCGGCUGGUGGGCGUGCCAUUGCCGAUCAUAGCGGCAUUCUUGAAUUAUGGAUUAAGGCAGUUCGUAGAGAGAAUUGGACUCCAUCUAAAAUGAGCAAGCUUUGUGGAGAGCAUUUCCUGCCAACUGAUUAUUUAUUUAGACAUACUAGUGUGAAGGUUGUCGAGAGAGCGAAUACUGCUUUGCAAGGAUCUCCUCAGACUCAGAGUAUUGCUAAAAUAACGAUAGAAAGCAUCAAUUUGAAAGUGCCACAUCUCACACCCAACGAUGACAUAAAGUUGCAGUUGUUGACACGUAUCAAAGCAGAUGAGUCUAUGAUGAUACCGUUUCGCCGAUGGGAAUUGCACGAGCUACCAGCACUCACACAAGGAUCUACCAUAGAAAUCUGGUCCGUCAAGACAUGUUCUGCAUUGGACAGUCCAAGAUAUGUUAUAGUAUUUUUCCAAACGAAAAAAGCCGAUAAUUUGCAUGAGGAUGUCACCUUGUUCGAUAAUGCCAACAUCAAAUCCAUACGAUUGGCUCUGAAUAGCGACUAUUAUCCGCAAGAACGAAUGCUAUUGGACUUUUCCCGAGACCAAUAUGCCGACGCCCACUUCAACUAUACAGAGUUCAACAAGAGCUACCAUAACUGUCAAGAAAAGCGCUCUCUAGUAAACUUUGCCGAAUUCAAAUCCCGACCAAUGUUUGUUAUCGAUUGCUCGAGGCGCCAUCUGGACGGCGCUUUCAAAAAACUGAAGCCCGAGCCACAAGCUACGCCCACGGGCGCCACCUCUCUGGGCGCCGCCUCCCCGCCUGGGGGCGGCCCCCAGCACGCUGGCCACACCCCCACCACCGCCUCCUGCCCCACCCCCGCGCGUCGCCGCCACCGCACUACCUUCACGCAGGAGCAGCUGGCAGAGCUCGAGUCCGCCUUCGCCAAAAGCCACUACCCGGAUAUCUACUGCAGGGAGGAGUUGGCUAGGAGCACCAAGCUCAACGAGGCUAGAAUACAGGUGGGAAAAUUCGCAAAAAUAUCGAUAAUUGUCUGGAGAUUGUGUUGA